AUGCUCAACCAACCAUGUACAAGCUUCUCAGAAUUGAAGCAAGUUGGUGACUUCUUGCUCGCCAAUCACAAGAAGCCAGUAGAUUCUUAUGCAUCAGCAAAGGAUGUCAAGAUUGAUGUUGCAGAACCUGUUCACAUUGAAUCUGAAGACGAGUAUAAUAAGAUUGUGAAAAAGAAUAGAUUGCUUGUUCUUGACUUUUUUGCUACAUGGUGUUGCCCUUGUACAUCAAUUGCUCCUAAAUUUACUCAAUUGGCAAACAAGUAUAAGGAUGCUGUUUUUGUAAAAGUUGAUGUUGACCAACAACCUUCAAUCAUGUCAAGAUAUGAAGUGAACUGUAUGCCAACAUUCGUCUUUAUUAAAGAUGGAGCAGUAAUAGAUAGAUUGGAAGGUGCUGACUCCAAGACUCUUGAAUCCAAAGUUAAAUCAUUGGUAGAGCUUUUACAAUAA